AUUUCAUAAGGUUCCUGUCACUAAAACGAUUUGGUACCCAUUUGCCCACUUCACCACCUGCCCUUUUAUGUUUAAGUUAGGCUGUAUAUUUUACCACCUGAUACCUGGUUUUCUAACCGAUCUCGUCUUGCGGCUUCAAGGUCGGAAGCCUAUCUUGAUGAAGAGCUAUCCUAAGAUCCACGAGGCACUGCUCCUGUUAUACCCUUUUAGUGGAAGAACGAUCAUAAUGGAUACAAAUAAUACCACUAAGAUGUGGGACGUUAUGUCGGCGUGGGAUAGAGCAAUAUUUCCCUUCGAUAUGGCCAACUUUAACUGGGACGACUACUUCAGUCGCAUCGUUACCGGAAUGAGGGUAUUCCUUUUAAGGAGUCCUGGGAUACAUUGGAAAAGUCCAAACGGAGAUUAUUUAGGUUGCGCAUACUGCAUCGCUUUCUUGAAAUUCUGCUAUACAUUGCUGUCGGGACAUUGAUGUGGUACUUUGUUCCUGAACAAUAAUCAAGAAAUUAAAACCUAAGAGGUCCCGUUUCCACCAGCAACCUUCAAAGUUUAGUGUCGCAAAAGGAAAUAAUUUAAUACAUGGGUUUGAAUUUUGGUUUUUAUUUGGGUAUAAAAUAAAAUUUUAAUUUUCUUUU